AACAAACAUUUGCCUGUCUUGGGCCAACUAAAUCAAGUAAAAAUAAAAAGGAGAUAACCCCUGAUGGUUGUGGGUGAUGGCGCAAUUAUAAAAAUGGCUCAGCUUCAGCAGGAAACGACACUAUUUUGGACAAAUUCUGUUUAUUUGUUCCGUUCUUUGACAAAUGUCAGACUGUUAAUCCGCACUUUGGGAACCCGGUUGUGACUCAUUCCGGGGUCCGUCCUGUCACUCCGCCCGCAGGGGCCACUUCAUUCUCGGAAUCGGACCAUAUGGAGGAGACCAAGUUUUGCGUCUUGCGCGCCAGCUCCGUGACCUGGAUCUGAUCCUAAAAUAAUUCUGAGCAACAGACACCUCUGCCUCUGUGGGGACAUAAAACAUGCCAAGUCAGGGUGUCUCAGUCGGUGCCCACAAACUCCAACAGGGAACUCCCUCGCCGUGUUCGGACUGUUUCUCCGCUGAGCGCGCACUCUUCCAGCAUCCGUGAACAUGCCGUCGUCUCUGCCUUCCUCUAAAGCCCUGUAUAUCGGGAUGGAGGUAGUGAUCGCCGUGUCGUCGGUCAUCGGUAACGUGAUGGUGGUCUGGGCUGUGCGUAUUAACCGGUCUCUGAGGGACACCACGUUUUGUUUCAUCGUCUCCCUGGCCUUGGCUGACAUUGCAGUCGGGGCUCUUGUCAUCCCCCUCGCCAUAACCAUCAGCAUCGGACUCCAGACGCACUUCUACAGCUGCCUGCUGGUCGCCUGCACAGUGCUCGUCCUGACGCAAAGUUCAAUCCUGGCGCUCCUGGCCAUCGCCAUCGACCGCUAUCUGAGAGUCAAAAUACCCAUGAGCUACAAGCGGGUGGUGACUCCUCGGCGAGCUGGAACGGCCGUGUUGUUGUGUUGGCUGGUGUCCAUCAUAGUGGGCCUCACGCCCAUGUUGGGUUGGAAUAACCUUCAGCUUCUCCGCGACAAUGACUCCCUGAUCACCGAUGACCUUUUGGUGACAUGUGAGUUUGAGACGGUCAUCAGCAUGGACUACAUGGUCUACUUCAACUUCUUCGGCUGGGUGCUUCCCCCGCUGCUCCUCAUGCUGGCCAUCUACGUUGAGAUUUUCUAUAUGAUCCAUAAGCAGCUCAACAAGAAGGUGACAGCUAGCCAUACGGACCCCAGCCGUUAUUUUGGCAAGGAGCUCAAGCUAGCCAAGUCACUCGCCCUCGUUCUUUUCCUCUUCGCAGUCAGCUGGCUUCCUCUUCACAUCCUAAACUGCAUCACCCUCUUUUGCCCUGCCUGCGAUAAGCCAAUGUUCCUCAUUUACAUCGCCAUCAUCCUCACCCAUGGCAACUCCGCCGUCAACCCCAUCGUGUAUGCUUUCCGCAUCAAGAAAUUCCGCACAGCGUUUCGGAAAAUCUGGAAACAGUACGUGCUUUGUCAGGAUCCAGUUGGACGGCUUCCUCAAAGAGGGAGCCAGAGAGGACAGAGUCAUGAGAGGAGGCUGAGGCAGAAUGAUGAUGACGAUGAUGAUGUGUGACCCUUGGCAACUAAUUGGAUUGCUGUGUAACUGUUAAGUUUCACUCCACUGGUUCACAGAAUGGAAAACACUCUGGCUUUAUUUUCAUGCUCGAGGGAUUACUGGUCCAGAUCGGCCUUAAUGGCAUCGCCGGAUAUCAGAGGAUUGAAAGAGAAGGGGGGAACUCCAUCAUGGACUGAUGGAUUUCUUCUGUCCAACUCAUUCUAAGAAGGCAUGAUGACAAAUCAGCAUGGAGAUGGAAUAAACGUCCUCGAUAAGACUGAUUGUUUAUUUCUCCACUGGCUGAUAGAAUGAAGAUGAUGUCAUAUGAGAUAAGGGGAUUCUCAUCAGUUUUCAAACACAAACCUGUCAAACUUGAAUCAGUAAGUUAGCACACGUGGUACAACAGUAGUGUAUGCUGUAUUGCAUUUUUGAUCUGAAUUAAAACUCGCCUUUUUAUGUAAAUUAGUUAAGCAUCGUAUUAUGUGCUACAUUUACAUGCUUAGUUCUGUGGCCUUAUGGAAAUGAAAAUGUGAUUAAGAGGAACUAAGACUCUGAUGAUAGUGUGAAUCUGAUAAAAAAAAAACGAAAGCAGGAAGUUUGCGCAACCAGCUUGGUGCUUUGAGACAGACCAGGACACUGGACGGACUGUAUGCUGACUGCAUGGAUGAAAAAACAUAAAAUCACUUGGAAUUACAACCCAGGAUCUUUGGUGGGAUAAACAUGUGGACUCAUGGCCUUUACAGAUGCAUGUGAAGGUUAUGUUUUUUUGGUCAUAACUGAAAACAUGCAAGAUAAAAGAAAAAUACUUAUUAAUAUUAUUAGUAACUGCAGGACUAUGAAUCAAAGGAACGCCGGACCUCCUCCAUCCAAUAAGCCUCAUUUGAUCUGGGUGAUAAUUUAAUCCUAUUAUGUACCUCUACUGUACAUGCAUUAACAGGUAUUCCUCCAAGAUUAGCAGUUUUUUUCAGUUGUAUUUUAACAUUUAUCUUAGAAGUAGGUAUACCAAUGUAACAUCACCUCUCUGUCAUUUCCAGGGCUGACAUAAAAGCCACCAAACUUCAUUGAUGAAAAAAGAGAUUUUACCUCCCUGGUCUACCACUGCCUCGAUCGUAUAGCUUGUGCUUUUGUGUGACUUUGGUGUUUUUGAGGGUUAGUUCAGAAUCACUCAAGUCAACAAUAAAAUGAGCAAGAUUUGACAUAAAUAGAGUACAUGUUGAGAUAGGACUGCUGACACUUACAAUAUGUACUGUAUGUAACUAAUAUAUGUAUAAAUGUUAAUCGGAGAUACUGUAUAAAUUUCACCUCACUGAGCCAACAGCUGUUUAUAUCUGUCACGUCCUCUUACUGCUGUUUAUUUAGUAGGCUGUUCAAAAUCAAGCAUUUCAUUAGAUUUUUUUAAUGAUAUAGACAAAUGGAGACAGUAAAGUAAGCAAAAAUGUGACAGCAUAUGGCGAGCCCUGAUUUAAAUUCAUAAUGCACUAGCAGGUGGAAGCAUUAAUAUCCAGUCUGCGCUUUAUGACAGAAAUAGCAUCUCACUUUGUCUCCAUGCUCCUCUGUAUCGAGGCUAAAACCAUCAGUUGUGGGGGGCAUUUUCUCAUGUGCAUACAUUGAUCUUCUGUCACUUGG